GUUAUCGUGGUCCCCAUCCACGAAGCGGUAAAUUGUCAUCGGCCGUCUGUGAGAAGGCCGAUUCCACCCGCGAAAAAUGGCUGAAAACGACAAAGACUCCACCCAGACCUAGUCCCGAGAGCUCGUUGCAUAGCCGAGAACCCUCGUUGAUGUCAUCUUCUGGUCCCUGAUUCUUCCUCUCUCUCUCUGGGUUCAUUUCCCGUACUUCCUCCUUCGUCCAUUUUGCCUGGGGCCCUUGCAACCGCGCUUAGCUCAAUCUUGACUGCGAAACCCCAUCCGAGUCGGGCGCCUCUUUGGGGAUCUUGGACUCUGAAUGGUUCGUGCAAGGGACCCUUCCACUCCCCCCUGGUGCGGCCAUUCGAUAUCCCUCUCCAAUUUCCAUCAAUGAGCCCAACGCAUUUUCUCGACCUCAAGUCUCCACCAAUCACCGCCUUCUACAUACUGUGCCAAGUAUGUUUUCCUGGCUGCUGGCGUUCACGACGUCACACAACACGCGAUCCGGGUGCUUCGACUAAGCCACGACAUUAACCCUAUGACGAUGGCUUCGAGUUGCCAAUGAUACGUUCAGGCUGUUCAAAGCGCUUUUAUGAUUGUAGCAAACGAUUUUGUUGAACUCAAAAGUUUCAUUCCCAAUCUGACCAAGGACUUCUUUUUGGUGCAUCCUCAGAUCUGCGUUUCCUGGGAACGCUGCUUUCUGUCCUUUUUUUUCCCUUUUGGGGGGGAGGGCCAUCCACACAGGAGUCGAAUUCACACUUAGCCCCCUAGGUUGUUCAGGUUUACGACAAGCACUACACAGUUGAUGGACAAGUUGCAUCGUUUGAUGAAACGAAGCUCUCUUCAUUACACUUGAGACUACCGGCCUCGCACAGAAUCUGCCUCUAUCGAGUCCAUCAUCUCUUGACCCUCUGAAACCUGGUAACCGUAGACCCGUCACUGAGUUCCUGCUGGAUCUCUCGAUGUCUAUAACCGAAGAUCCUGGGCACAAUGACGAACCGUAAAGCAUAGUAGAUGAUGCCAAGAGAAAGGAUGCCCAAAGCCACCACGGACGACAGCCAGUAGGGGAGCGAAGUGCUGCCUUUGCCGUUUGGCGGUCGCACAAACGGCAUGACGAUCAAGAACUAACCGAAAAAUGAUGCCGAUCAAGACCCAAGGGGCGCGGAGCGGCGAUUGGAAAUUCUCCCGGUCGGUGAAACGCAGCUUCACGAGACCAACCGUGAUCGCCGUCAACAGGACAGUGGUCGGGUAGCUCGACAGACUAACGACGAAGCUGAAGGCGUCUCCGGCCGGCGGGGCGCAGAUGAAGAGAAUCGUCACGCCGAGAUGAAGAAGCAGGGCGUAGAUGGGCGUGCGGAAGGGCCUGUUCUCCAUGAACAGGUUCGAGAACGGCAGCACCCCGUCCUUUGCGAGUUCUUGCAACAGCCGCGCUUUACCAAGGUCAAGUCAGUCGAUCAAAGCUCACAAGACGCAAACGCUGUGUUGUUGUUACGCGACGGGGGGUUGCAACUGACGAAUGGUGAAGGCAACUCCGAGGAGAUGUCCGAGGGCGGAGAGCGCUACUAAUGCUGGAAGAGCCUUGGCUCCAGCCGAUGCGCCGAAGACGUUCUCGAACAAGGUCGCGGCGACGGUAACCUUUGCGGCGAUGAAGGCUUCCUUGGGCACGACGGCGAACUUGACGCAGGGUGAGGCCGUCCGUCAGCUUUGAUCUUCUCUACCAAUGUAGACGAGACAAACUCACGUAUGCAACAUUCGCCAGCAGAUACAGCACGGCAAUCACGCUCAUCGAGAGAGGCAAGGCGAUUCUCAGCGUCUUUUGCGGAUUGCGGACUUCAGACAACACCUGUGUAGAAGUUCAAAGAAUCAGCCGGGGGGGAGGUCGUAGGUAGCUUCGGUGGACGGGGCUCCUCCUCUCUUACAGCGUUGACGUUGUCGUAACCUUGGAAGGAAAAGAUGACGUUCAGAAUGGCAGUGCCGAUGUUGUACCCGCUGUUCGACGUGCCCUCAAAGGCGUUGGUGAAGUUGUGAGGACUCUCCACCCUCAGAUGCCCGGCCAGGGCAGCGAACCCGCAACAGACGAUGAAGAGGAGGGUGAACAGCUUCACGGCCGAAAGCAGAUCCUGGAUGCCCCUGCCCACGCGAGGCGCGACUGUAUGGAUCCCGACGGAGAAGACGGCGCCGGCGAUGGCGACACCGCGGAGCUUCCACGUCGUCGAGUCGGCACCGGACGCCACGAGGAUGUAGGAAGAGAAGGUGAUGGCAUUACUAGCCGAAACCUCUUUUGAGAUGCGUGUGUUAGCCGGACCACCACCACACGGAAAAAGUUCUACUACUGUGCCAGAGAGAGUGAGACGGAAAACUACUCACGCAAGAAGACGCAGUAAAAGACGUAGAUGCAGGUCUGCAUCACCCGCGGGCUGAAGGAACGCUCGAGGUAGUUCUUGAUGCCGCCCGACCUGGGGAUGGCGCUCCCAAACUCCAACAUGACGAAGAUGCCGCACGUGGAGAUGACGGCACCGAUGACCCAGCACAUCAGGGCCAUGCCAACGCUGCCCGAGAGCUUGAAGAUGGUGCUGGGCGUCGAGAAGAUGCUACUUUCGUCAGCAAAACAAGUCUCGUGUCAGCAUCCCACCCUGGACACCUGGGAACGCACCCCGCGCCGAUAAUCUUGUUCACAAUCAAGGACACGGCCCCGAAGAGUCCUAUGGUUCGUUCCUGCAGGACGUUGGCCUCGACGAUGCCGAGCCUGACAUCUUUGCCAGAAUCAUCACCAGCGUCGCUUGAAGAACGAGUCGCAGGUACCGCUGAAACAAGACAUUUUAGCUUCCGGUCUCCCCACAGAUAUCAGAAGGCUACCCGUUCGCUUACCCUGGAUGCAGUCAUCUAGAUCCUUUGAUGCCAUCUUGUCAACUCUCCCAGCGGAAUCAAGUGCAGAGUAAAGAUAUUGAGAACUGCAGACGCCAGGAAUCCCUAUGAAAAAUGAAAAAAAACCCACUUCCAAAAAUAAAACCCUCCAAAAAACUUAUGGCAAUGAGGCUUAACUCGUCGUCUGCAACGAUACCCCGUAUUUCGAAAAGUCUUAGCUACCGGGCGAGCCCGCCGUGCAAGGGCGCCAAGCACGCCAUUAUGGAGCCGAGAUGUCGUAUCAACACACUCAGCACCACUUCAGCAACCAACGACACGAAUCACGACGGGUUUUCUCAACAAUGAAGGAUCAUUAGUUCGCAAGUUGGUUUUGCGUUUUGCAUGCAUCCCUCGGAGAGAAGUGCCGAAUGCUUGGCUGAUCCAGCCGGAAACUCGUGCGCUGCUAACGCUGUCAGUCGAGGUCGGAGACAGUCCGAUGAUGUCGUGCUUCGGACUCAGGAUUCGCCAUCCGAUGCCCUCUGGUCAUUGGGCGGUGGUUACAGACAACGGGGAAUACAUUCAGCCGAUAUCCAGACCAUCUCCGACUGCGGAUCAAGAUACCCGGGAUCGGGGUCUGUACUCGGUGUCUCGUAAGGUGACACCUUAAAUGCAUCAACUCCGGUCACAAUCAUACCAAUUUUGGGAAACUCACUCUUUUCCGGAUCUUUAUCUACGAAAUCUCAUCAAUCAAUAAUGGCUGUCGAAUUCGAGCCCUUUGAGGUCCCUGGUGCCAGAAGCUACUUCGGCCAUGCUCUGCCGUACGGGUUGCAAGUAAAACAGAAAGGGGAGAACGGCAACGCACCGCCAGUUUCCGAGUCUGCAGCGGCUCUCCGCGCCCUAGGCGAGUCGGGAAGGCUUCAGGAGCUCUUGGAGCGACACGGAGCGGUGUUGGUUCGCGGGGCAGGGCAGCCCUCCGCGGAGACCUUCUCCAGGCUUGUGGGUGCGGCCGAACGGGGCCGAGGCUCGCUUCCUCAUGUGCAAAUCGGUCUGGCCGGCAAGAGAACGCCGCUUGCAGAGAACGUCUGGACUGCGAACGAAGGUUCCCCGAGCACUCGUUUCUACCAGCACAACGAGUAUUCUAGAUAUACCCGGUUUCCUUCCAACAUCCACUUCUAUUGCGUGAAGAAGGCGCCCAAAGGCGGAGCAACCCCGAUUGCGAACAGCGCAAAUGUCUUUGAGAAGGUCCAGGCUGAGAUCCCCGAGCUCGUGGAGGAGAUCCGCAAGCGGGGGUUGGGUAUGAAAAUGAUCUUCCGCGCCCCUGGCGACGAGGCCAAGGUAAACCAGUUCAACUGGGCCGGCGAGCAUAGCUUCGGACAGGAACUGUUGCCAGGCGACGACGAAGCGACGACAAGAGAAAAGGUGGAGAGACAAGUCAGGAGAUUGACGUCGGACUUCAAGUGGAAUGCUGAUGGGAGCCUUGAGUUGACGCAACACAUCCCCGGACUUCGAAGAUUGCCGGCCAGCGGUAGACCCGUGUGGUUCAACGGGCUUGUUGGCCGACAUGGCAUCACUCGAGAUAUCGGUGCUCUCGAUCCUCCGCAUAUUGGUCGUGACGGCAUGACCUAUCUUCCUUGUGUCUACGGCGAUGAGACGCCGAUUCCGCGUGAGCUUCUCGACAAGCUUAUCGAAGUCAUCGACAAGGAGGAAAUCAGCCUGGUUCUAGAGGAGGGGGAUCUCUUGCUUGUGGACAACUUCCAAGUUUCCCAUGGGAGAGAGCCUUGGGAAGGAGACAGGCAGAUAUUGGUUUCCAUGUGGGACGCGUCGACUCCGAUCGGCGUCUUUUGA